AUGCUUAGAAAGGAGGUUGGCCUUGUUCGACAAGCAGCCAAACCCUUCCAACCUCAAAGGAGGGCAAGGGGGGUAAGGGUGGUGGGGGUGGUGAUGGCGGGGGUGGUGGCGGUGCUGGCGGCGGGGGUGGAGGAGUUGGUGGCGGUGGUGGAGGUGGCGGGAGUGGUGGAGGCGGUGGGGUGGGCGGAGGAGGCUCGGGUGGCGGUCGCGGUGGAGCUGGUAGGGGUGGAGGCACUGGGGUGGCGUCUGGGGGUGCAGCUCGUGGCGGUGGAGGCUCGGGGGAUUUAG